AUGGUUUUCCGCGUGGGAGCGGUCUCCUUUUCUCCCCGCUCGGUGCCGGGUGAGAGCGGUCGACUUCCAGGGGAUUUGGCGAAGCUUUGUGUUUUCGCGAUAACUACUCUUAUUAAUCAUAAGGAUAAACCAAAGCGUUCAGACAAGACUCUGCAAGCAAUUCAGCGAGUGGGCCAAGCAGUUAACCUGGCAGUUGGAAGAUUUGUUACAGUAGGUGAAGCUAUAGCCAAUGAAAAUCAUGAAUUGAAAGAAGAAAUGAGUGUUGCUUGCAUUGAGGCAAGGAGAGCAGGUGAAACAAUCGCACAGCUUACAAACGUGGCAAGCUUGGAUCAUCCAGAAUCUGAUAGCCACAUAACAAUCUUCACGGACAAAACGGGUGUGGUAAAAGCUGCAAGGUUGUUGCUUUCUUCUGUCACAAAAGUGCUGGUGUUAGCAGACAGAAUUGUUAUUAAGCAAAUUAUAACUUCCAGGAACAAGGUUCUUGCAACAAUGGAACAACUAGAAAAAGUCAGUAGUUUCCAGGAGUUUGUACAAAUAUUCAGUCAGUUUGGAAAUGAAAUGGUAGAGUUUGCCCAUUUAACUGGAGAUAGGCAAAAUGAUCUGAAGGAUGAGAAGAAAAAGGCUAGAAUGGCAGCAUCUAGGGCUGUUCUUGAGAAGUGCACCAUGAUGCUCCUAACUGCUUCAAAGACUUGUCUGAGGCAUCCAGACUGUGAAUCUGCUCGUAUAAACAAAGAUGGAGUUUUUCAUCGGAUGAGAUUAGCUUUGGAACAGGUAAUAGAAAUUGUAACUGACUCUAGACCAAAUGGAGAAAAUGAAAUGGCCCCCAUCAGCAUAUAUUCUGGCAUCAAAGAAUUCAAGAAUAAGGUGGAGGGGCUUCGUGAGAAUCUUUACUUUCUCUCAAAAGAGAACCUUUCGACAAUGCUUGAAGUUAUCCUGGAACAUACGGAGGACUUCACAGACUCUGCCUAUACCAGUCAUGAGCACAGAGAACACAUUUUGGAGCUGUCUAAACAGGCUAAAAUGGAACUAGAGCAGCUGGUUUCAGUGUGGAUGCAAGCUCAAAACCAGAAGACAAAGGAUCUCAUGGAAGACUUGGAAGUAGCCAUUUUAAAAACAUGCCAGUGCAUGAAUGAACUUAAAAGAGAGGUCCACAGUGCAGCAACAUCUUUGGCAGCAGAUCUGCUAAAAUACCAUACAGAUCACAUGGUUCUCAAAGCAUUAAAAAUCACAGGAGUAGAAGGAAAUCUUGAAGCUGUAGCAGAAUAUACUUGCAAGCUAUCAGAGCAGAAAGAACAACUUGUUGAGAUGUGUCGCUUAUUGAGGCAUGUUUCUGGAACUGAGCCCCUUGAGAUUACUUGCAUACAUGCAGAAGAUACUUUUCAGGUCACUGGCCCACAGAUAAUUUCUGCUGCAGAAACGCUGGCAUUACAUCCAUCUAGCAAGAUUGCAAAAGAAAAUCUUGAGGUGUUCUGUGAGGCCUGGGAGUCUCAACUGAGCGACAUGUCUAUGUUGUUAAGAGAAAUCAAUGAUGUGUUUGAAGGAAGAAGAGGAGAGAAGCGUGUCUACCUAUCACUGCCCAGACCAGGGAAGCAUAAUGCAAAUCUGAAAGCAUUAAAGCCAGUCAAACUAGAUACUGAGGAACAAGCAAAAAUUGCAAAACUUGGAUUAGAAUUGCAUCUCCUCACAUCUGAUGUGGAUUCUGAGACUGAGAGAUGGGAGGACCAGGAGAAUGAGAUCGUGCAACAUGGACAAGGCAUGUCAAGUAUGGCCUACUCCAUGUAUUUAUUUACCAGAGGAGAAGGACUUCUGAAAACUACUCAAGAUCUAUUUCAUCAAGCAGAGAUUUUUGCCACAGAGGGCACAAAGCUUGCUUCGGCUCUUCAUGCCUUUUCUGAUCAGGUACACGAUGAUGACAAGGCUUUGCUUCUGUUGGAGGCUGAAAAACUGAUCUCUAUGUGCAAGCAGCUCCAGACAACAGCUAAAGCUUCUGUUCAGGGUAAAAGUGCUACAUUUACAAAGGUUGAUGCAUGCAUUCUGAAAACAAGGAAUGUGAUGACUCUGUUAUGCCAACUUCUUCCACUUUGCUGCAAACUAUUGAGAAAGAACAAAGCAGGAAAUGGCUGUCUUAAACCUGCUCCACCAUGGAGAGAAGACAGAAUACGAACUGGUGCGAACGCGCAUACUCCAGAAAGGAGAGGCGAGACAUUUGGCAUCAAGUCUUUAGAAAACCAUGUAACAAACAUGACAUUUUUAGAGAGCAAGUAA